AACCACAGUGUGUGAGAUCCUGUUGGAUUCCUGUUUGGUCAGGAACGCUUCCACAGAUACAGAGAAAAAUUCUGCUGCUGAAUCUGAUUCCCGUGUUAGAAUUCUGGGUGAUAGCAGCCCCAGAUACCUGCUGUCUUGUACACACGUUCUAAAGUCAGGAUGGUUUGUGCUCCCAUUCACCUUGCUCUGGGCUGGGAGGGGCUCUGGGUGAACGUUCUCGUUCUCCAAAGGCGCUGGAAACUCCCUUUCACCAUAAAGCCUUGUGACGUGUUGAAAGUCUGGGUUCUGGGGAAAGAGAUGGGGCAGGAAAUGUGUCAAAGGCUCCUGAAAAACGCCCUCAGCUGGCCACGUGUGUGCACUCAGUCUGAAAUGGGACAUGGGCACGUUUAUUCCAAAAGGGUUUUUCUGGACUUCCAUCAUUCUGUUCAUUUUAUGGGAAGCUUUUCCUUGAAGGAAUUUGUUAAAACUCAAAAAUCCCAGCAAAGCACCCACACAAAUAAACUCCUGGUGUGUGUGCUGUGAUUUAUGGAGUCCACAAACCCAAGUGGGCAGACUGGGGCUGCCUGCAAUCCCAUUUCUCUGUGAGGUUAAGAAACAGUUUCCUACAUUUCCAGUACUGCAGUUCACCAAAAUGGUGCUCUUUAGAAGCAAGAACCUGACUUCAGCCCAACCUAAGCUGAAGCUGCCUUCCUUUUUUGACUAACAGCUCCAGAGAAUGCAGGUGUCUUUCAUGGUUUCCUGUUAUUUGUCAAUUUAAAUAAAAAAGUGAAGUUGCUUAACUUCCACAAUUGUGUAAGCCCACAUCUGAUUGACAUUUGAGCUUUUAGCUCGUGUGACAGAUUCUUCUCACACAGCAAGUGGUUAAAGUGGUGUGCUGACACUUGGGGAGGUUUCCAGCAGCACUUCCAUGGUGGGAGCUUCUCUUCCUGUCAGUUAAUGCUCUGAGAAAAUGGGAGGCUGGUCCUCAAAAGAAGAUUCAGUUGUACAAGGACCCAUUUGCCCUACUGUCCCUGUCCACACCACUGCCCACACCCCUACAGAUGAUUUCAGAGCUGCAGAAGUCAGAUGUGGGAUUAAUAACUAUGAAAUACUGUACAUGUCACUGGCCUUCGUCUCUGGCAUCUUCCUGACUGUCCUGGUUUUUGCAAUCAUCUUCCUCGUCAGGAAAAGGUCUAAAAGAUGCCACCAAAAUUUACAAGAGGAAACUUUCUCCCAGAUGGCAGCUGAAGAAUCUGUUAGGAACACCCAGAAUGAAGUGACCUACAGCACUCUGGUCUUCCAGCGGGGCAGGACACCACUGCCUGUGUGAUGAGGAAGCUCCAAAUGGAAUAAAAACGAUCCCACUUUCUGGACAUCAAAAGCCACGAGGAUGUUACACCGAGGGAAUGCCCUGGGAAUGCCCCCAUGCCCUCUGUAACACAGCUCUUUUUGUAGUUACAACAGGAAAUUGUCUCCUGUUCAAACUGGCUGCCAACGGCUGUGGGCAAAUGGAGAGUUUCGGUACAGGAUUUCCUCAUCUGUAGAAAUCUCCCUGCCUUGUAAAGUUUCCGUUUGUGAGAACCACCAGAGAGACAUGAGAAAUGAAAAUGUUUCUCUGCAUCUAUCCAUAUCUGUGCCCUCGUGUUUCCCUUUUCUGUCACCAACUCCAACAUUUUCUGGUUUUUUUUUUUUUUUUGAUUGCCAAGUGUUCUGCUUAGUUAUUUUCUGUUAUUGAAGUGAUGAUCAUGAAACGUUUGGAUGCAAAUCUGUGCUUCCUGGUUGGCUCCCAUGAAGGAAACGCACAAUCAGAGAGUGACAACCAAAAUCGCCGGGAAUGUUCGUGCAGGUGUUUUCCCCACGGUGUUCUAAGUGCGGUGUGAAAAUCGUUCCCUGUGCAUGGGCAGGGAUGGCAUUCCUGGGCUGGCAGUGUCAGAGCAGGGCUGGAGGUGCCACCUGAUGGCAGCAGCAGCCUGGGCUGGGGCUGCCGGGGUGCCCUGCGCUGCCCCAGCCCCGCACACCCAGCAGGGCUCCUGCUCCGUUAUUUGAAGAUGGAGAAAGAAAAGAGCCUGGCCUUUAACAACCUCUUUUCAGUCUGACCCAUGUUCCCUAACCGUGGGCAGUGCCAGCUGUGGUGUAACUAUUGCUGCCACUUCUGAGCCAUCCCAGGCAGGACAUCGACUGGAACUGAGCAGGGUUUUUUGGUCAUGGGAGGACUCAGCAGGCAGAAUUAAUAUAAAAUCCAUCUACUGUUUAUUAUUACUCAUGAAAACAUGACAACACUGGCUGAAGCACAAGCUGGUCAGACUCAAGUUUAGUCUGAAUGGACAGACAAGAAUGGUCAGUGAGCUUGUGAGCUGCUGGAUUAUGAACAGCAAAGAACACAUCCUGUCUUUCAAUCAAUUCAUCCAAUCCUUGUGUUAAAAAACCCAAAACCCCCAAUGGGAAAAAGUUUCCAUCUUCUGUGUUUAGAAAUUAUAUUAUAUAGAGGCAUACAUUCACAUGGAGCUUUAGAGCAGCCUCAGACCCACCGGUUGCUGCAUUUCCCAGGAGUUUCUUGGCAAAGCCAGGUGCUUUAUCAAUGCUCUGGUGCUCAG